AUGUUCGAUAAAAAUUCUCCCGAACGACAUCGACAAGCGGAUUCGGAUGAUGAAGAUGAUGAUCAAAUUCAUAUUGAUACCAAUGAUGCCUUCGAAAUAAUUGAUGUUGAUCCAUCAACAGAUAAUAUGGCCGAAAAUCAAUUAGAUGAUCUUGAAUUAAAUGAAAAUUUACAAGACGAAGAAGAUGACGAUGCACUUUUAACAAUAUCACAUCAUAAACCUGGAAAUUCAAUAUUUGCUAUAUCGAUUGAUCCACAAUUGCAAAAUCGUGUUUGUUCAGGUGGUGAAGAUGAUCGUUGUCUUGUUUGGAGUUUAGAAACCGGUGAAUUAAUACACGAAUAUCCACAAUUUGAUGAUAGUGUCCAUCAAGUUUGUUGGAGUUUCGAUGGCAAAUAUUUAUGUGCCUGUGAUAUGCGUGGACAAAUACGUUGUUGGACUGAUAAUCAAGAUGGUUUACCACUCACCGAAGUUUGGUCUUUUCAUACUGGUAUUGAUAUUGAAUUAAUGCGUUUUCAUCCAUCGGCACAUGUUCUAUUUGUUGGUACAAAUGAUUCACAAUUAUGGUUAUUCAAAAUUCCUUCGGGAGAAUAUAAAAUUAUGCAUGGAGGAAGUGAUGUUGAAAUAACUACAUUAGAAAUACUUGCUAAUGGCAAACAAUGCAUAUGUGGUUAUGGUAAUGGUCAAAUUAAAUUAUGGGACCUUAAACAAUGUUCCGUUGUUUGGCAAUAUGAUAGUAACGGUGAAGGUGACAGUGAAAUGAAUCAUACAAAUGCAAAAUGUAUCUCAAUGUGUUUAAACGAUGAGCAAACAUUAGUCGCUUGUGGUUCAGCUGAUGGUAAUUGUCGAGUAAUUAAUAUAAAUAAUGGUAAAUUACUUUCAUCGUUUGCCUGUUGUUCGCCAACAUCAUCGAAUAAACCUUCAGCAGCAGCAAGCAAUGAAGAUGAAGAUGAUGACGAUGAAGCAACAGCAACAACAAUUGAAAGCGUUGCAUUCGGUGCUGGACAUUUACUUAUUUGUGGUACACUUGCAGGUUUUGUUUAUAUAUGGGAUAUAAAUACAAAACUUCUACGUGCAACACUCAAUCUACAAAGUGGUAUUGUUAAAUGUCUUUUGAAUGAAGGCUAUUUAUUGUAUGCAGCCUGUCUUGAUGGUCAUAUUCGUCUGUUAGAUAUACGAAAUGGUGAACCAUUAAAAGAAUGGAAAAGCGGUGGUGGGCAAGGUUGUGAAAUAAUGGAUAUGCUUAUAACGAAAGAUAAACGUUAUUUACUUUGUGCCUAUAUGCAAGGUUCAUGUCGAGCUUUUAAAUUAAAAGAAUAA